UUCUAUUCUAUUCUAUUCUAUUUAUUUCAUUUCUCUUCUCUCUAAAGACAUUUGUCCAUUUCUGCUAGUUACAGUAUAACUGUUUUUAUACGAAGUUAUAAAAACAGUUCUACAGGCAUAAAAUACGGUAAUAAUCCUAUUAUACAUGUUUUGCAGCUGACCUGUUUGUGUUUGUAUGGGCUGUGUCUUUAACUUCUGUCUGUGUUAUCUCUGCUAGUUUCACUUUGGUUUCACUUUCGUUUCGUUGCGAAAUGGUGGACCUUCGAAAAGUUUAGCUUCACGGAAGGAGAUUUUUUUUUUGUAGAGACCUCCUUUUAAAGAGUGAUGCCAGCUGAUUCAUGGAUGGCUGAAGUUUUUGUGGUGAACAGAGGAAAAGAUGAAUCGCAUUACAGAGGUACUUCCCCCCCACCUGCGGAGUGUGAAGGAAAAGUACGUCAUGAGGCUGUUUGGUAAAUUCCUCUUUCACUGCUCUCAGACUUCGACGCUGUUAGGCUUUGUAAUCUGAAGGUUUCUGUGUACCCUCGUUGCUGAUCAACUUUGUCACUUUUUCAUCAAAUUCCAUGGCUGACAAACAUUUGCUCCAGCUCAUCAGUAGAAUAGUUGAGGCUUUGAACCAAAGUGAACGCAGGAGGCUUCUGUACUUAUGUGGAAGUCUGGACACAGACAGCAGCAUAGCAUGUGUUAAAGAGACACUGAAGUCUAAAGUGAGGAACUAUGAGACAGAUCAUUCAUUUCUAGUAGAAAUCCUUUUACAAAUGAGGAGGUAUGAUAUCCUGAGAAAGGUAUUUGGAUACAGCAGGAAUCAGGUGGAGAAGAAUCAUGCCUUCAGAAAGGUUUUGCCAAAAUUCAGAGUAUUGAUGGCUGAUGUAAGUGAGGAUAUGGCCAGUGAAGACCUGGACAGUAUGAAAUUCUUAUUAAGUAACAUAGUGGCCAGAGAAAAGCUGGACAAAGCCCAGAAUUUCCUGGAUGUGAUCACUGAGCUUGAGAAACUGGACAAAGUCUCAUCUGAACAGGUUGACCUUGUAGAGGAAUGUUUGACGAACAUUGGCAGGGUUGACCUCGCCAAAAAUGUGAAGUCCUACAAGAUGACUGUUGUAACAUCUGAACAGCAUUUGUCUCAACAACAGAGGUGCAGAGCUGCUUGCCCAAAUCCCAUUCGAGAAACUUUCCAUUGGCCUCAGCAAGCAAGACAGGUGCAGACUCUACUCACUGCUGCAACAAACAUACCCUCUGUACAUACACCUGUACAACGGGAACAGAACCAUCUGACUCCAAUAGAUUGCUACACAUUUAAUACCAAUCCCAGAGGAGUGUGUGUUAUAAUAGACUGUGUGGGUAAUGAUGGAGAGAUGUUGGAACAUACAUUUAGGAGUCUCCACUUCAAUGUUUUUCUCCACAAGUUGCUGAACGUAGAUGACACCCUUUCAACUCUGAGAGAAAUAUUUAGAAAUAGGCAGAACCAAGAAGGCGAUGGCUUCGUCUGCUGCAUCAUCAGCCGUGGUACUGCAGAUUAUCUCUUAGCCACAGACACAUUCAGCACAGGUCUGCGUCUAGACGCCGUCAGGCAACUCUUCAAUGCUGAAGCAUGUCCGAUGCUGGCAGGAAAGCCCAAGCUCUUCUUCAUUCAGAGGUACAGUGUCCCCGAGUUCCAGCCUUAUGCCAGGACUUACCACCGGGAUGAGGACCUUGAGACAGAUGGACUGUCCAGGCGUGAUUAUAUCCCUACAGAUGCAGAUGUCUUCUGGAGCCACUGCUGGACAGAUGAAUGCCAGCUGGAGCAAAGGGAUCAUCACUCCAUCUACCUGAAGUCUCUGACCAAAGCCUUACAAACAGGCCAGAUAAGAAAAACACACCUUGUUGAUGCUCACAUUGAGGUGAAUGCAGCCAUCUAUAAUUACAACGCAAGUAAUUCCAGAACAAAAUACAACAUCGAUCUCAAACAUACUCUGAGGAAGAAUUUGUAUUUAUAUUAAGACUGAUUAUCACAGUUGCGACAGAGCCAUAAAUGAUGUAAAGUACACAUUAAAAACAGAAUUCUUGCCAUAGAAGAACCUUAUUUACUGUAUAUAGUUUUAGAGUGCCAUCUACUGGUGGAUUUUAUCACCUUUUGAAGUGGAAUUGAGCACAACACACAUACAUGAAGGGAAGUUUUUUUCAACAAGUUUUUUUUUGUAAGAAAUAUGCAGCUUAUAUUCAGAGCAUUUAACUUAAAUAUAACUUAUAUUCAUGAAAUAUUAUUGUUAUUCUAGUGCAGCUAAAAUGGUCCCUGUAUGAGAAAUGUGCUUUUAACUUUGACAGAAUCCAUGUUAAUCAUCAAUGAAGUAUGAACACUAUCUAAUAUUUUUUAAACUGCUGUUUAAUAUAAUAUUAUGAACUUUUUUUUAUGUCUUUUUUAAUAUUGAACCUUUAAAAACGUACUAUAUACACUACCAGUCAAAAGUUUGGACACACCUUCUCAUUUAAAUGACAUGGGAUGAACCGCUGAUGGCCAAGAAGUUCUCAGCAUCACUGGGAACUCUUUCAAGACUAUUGGAAAUCAUUUCAGGUAACUACCUUAUGAAGCUCAUCAAGAGAAUGCCAAGACUGUGCAAAGCGGUAAUCAAAGCAAAAGGUGAAUAUUUUGAAGAAUCUAAAAUUUAAAACAUGUUUUGAGUUAUGUCACACUUUUUUUAAAACUACAUAAUUCCAUAUGUGUUCAUUCAUAGUUUUGAUGCCUUCAGUGAGAAUCUACAAUGUAAAUAGUCACGAAAAUAAAGAAAAACCAGGUGUGUCCAAACUUUUGACUGGUAGUGUGUGACAAAUGUAUCAUUAUCAAUUAAAUGUAUUCAGGAUGUAACAUUUAUGAUUUCAUUUACUAUCCUCACUUGCAGACAUGUGCCCCCUCUUCAUUUUACUUGUAUAAACAAAUAUUAAAUGUGCUUUUCUUGCUAUUUGCUUCUUUAGUUUGACAUGGCUCUUUGUUAUUCUAUUACUUACAAGAUUAGGGAUGUGUAUUAGAUCAAAAGUAGUGAAAAGUCAGCAUUUAUCAAAGAUGUGAAUCGUAAAGUCAUAGUGGUUUUGCUGAUUCCAAAUUUGAGGGAAAUUUUUGACAAAAGACAUUAAAUGUUUGUUUUACAAAUAUAAUAAAGAAAUAACGUGUGUAA